AUGAUCUAUCAAACGAUCAAUUGGCUUGAUUCGACGAAAGAGUUGGUCUCGAUCACGCUGCCGAAUGUAACGGCGGGCUCGAAUUCUGGUCCUGGAGGAGCGGCGGUGAAAACGAGACUGCAUUUAUUUUCCGUGUCAAUGUUGCCAGCUGCAGGCUCGAACAUUGAUUUGCAAGCCCAAUAUGCUCGAUCUACCCAACUUUGGCUUCCUGGUACCAACAAGACUCAGAUUGUUGAAGUCAUUAUCAAUAAUGUGGGUUCGGAGUGGGUUCUGGCCAAUAAUAGUGUUCAAGUUUCUGUCUCAUCACCUGGUCUUGAGACUGUAGCUCCGGGAUAUAUCAAGAGACUUCAGCCAGGCGAUCAAGCGAGAGUCCAGGUUGGAGUUGUGAAUGCUGAUGGUGUUGCUGCCGGCUCGUCUGGGAGUGCUACUGUGGUCAUUACUGGUGUGGGUGUGAAUUCGUCCUAUACGUUCAAUGCUACAUAUGGUGUUGUGCCAUAUCAGGCAACAUAUGAGUCAGUUUACUCUCAUGAAACCCCGAAUUGGUACAACGACGCUAAGUAUGGAAUUUUCAUUCAUUGGGGAGUGUAUUCUGUACCUGGUUGGGGAAAUGUUGAAAAGAAUGAAACUUAUGCGGAAUGGUACUGGUAUGACAUGAAUCUAGGCCCAGAUACACCAGAAGAAACAUACCAAUACAAUCUCGCUACUUACGGCCCGAAUCACGUCUACGAUGACUUCAUCCAAAAUUUCUCAGCAUCAGUCUUUGAUCCCAAAGAAUGGGUAGACCUGUUCGCUGAUGCAGGUGCCAACUAUUUUGUACAAGUAUCGAAGCAUCACGACGGCUAUGCACUCUUCGACUUGCCAGCAAACGUUAGCCAGCGGACUUCCGUUGCUCAAUACCCUCACAGAAAUCUUCUCCAAGAGCUCUUUGACGCGGCCGCCCAGUACCAACCUCAACUUCAUCGUGCGACUUACUUCUCGCUUCCGGAAUGGUUUAAUCCUGCUUACAAAGAAUAUGGCUUCGGAUCUUGGCCAGGAGGAAAUGCAACGAAUCCGUACACCAACAAGACUCUCCCUUAUACUGGCUUUGUCGAAGUAAAUGAUUACGUCCCUGACGUGAUUCUUCCUGAGAUGAACGCGCUCGCAGACAUGGGGACGGAAAUCAUGUGGUGCGAUAUUGGAGGACCGAAUCUAACAGCAGAAUUCGCAAGUGCGUGGUUCAACAAGGCAGCAGAGAGCGGGAGACAAGUUGUGAUGGACAAUAGAUGCGGAUUACCUGGAGACUUCGACACACCGGAAUAUGCUCGAUAUGACGCUAUUCAAGUGCGCAAAUGGGAGUCAAACCUAGGCAUGGACCCUUUCUCCUAUGGCUACAACCGUGCCACCCCAACAGCUUCAUAUAUGAAUGCCUCUGCCAUAGUAACUUCGCUUCUGGACAUUGUUUCCAAAAACGGAAACUUCCUCCUCGAUAUAGGCCCCACUGCCAACGGAACAAUCAUUCCCAUCGAAGCCGCUAAUUUGCGCGAAGCAGGAGUCUGGAUAAAAGACCAUGGAGAAGCUAUUUUUAAUACGAGUUAUUGGUUUAUUACUCCAGAGGAAAAUGGAGAAGGGAAAGACUUGAGGUUCACGCAGACAGCGGAGGCGUUUUAUAUUUGUAGUUUGGUGGAGCCCGGGAGUAGUUUGGUGAAUGACAGUCCUGUUCCUUGGGUUGAGGGCGAUGAGGUAGUUGUUGUGGGUGGUAAUAGUAGUGGGGUGGUCGUGCCAAGCAGUAAGGCGGCAAAUGGGAGUUUGGUGUUGGAUUUGAGCGAGAGUGUGAGGGGCGGAGAGACUUAUGCUUGGGUUUUCAAGAUUGGGUAUGGUGGGAAUCUGACGGGAUCGAAUAGCACUGGUCCGGGAAGUGUUCCAACUUCUGCGGCGGGAAAGGCGGAGGAUAUUGUGAAGGGAGCUGUAUUUGCUUUGCUGCUCACUUUAGUGAUCGGCCUGGUAUUGUAG